AUGGUCCUGAAUGUGGUCGAGGUUCAACCUUGGCAACAGCGCGUUGCAGUUGAUGCAACGAAUGUCAAAAUAGCAGCUCUUAACGCCGCGAUGGCGUCAGACACUUUCCUCGAAGCGGGAAUGCUCGACGUUUUCAUGCAGAAUAUCCGAACAGGUGCGGCUGACACCGAUACUUCAGUCAUAGGUCUAUUUGCUGCGGAGCAGCUCUGCGUCAAUUGA